ACACGUCUUUUAAACAAUGAUCACGACGUCUUGCACGAAACCACGUCCUGAAAAGUCUCUGGACGAGUAGUAUGAGCUCACGACGGGGAUGAUGGAUGGGAGUACCCCCCCCAGGCGGACUGAACAUAUAUCAUGAUGUUGGUUUGUUAUAUAUGCGGUGGGCGUAUUUGUCGCCUUCCUUGCUCUUCAUAUGCCCACUCCGUAGGCAGUUGGUGGAUGUUGGAGUUUUCCUGGAGAGACAUUUUCCCUUUGUUCUCACUAUCACCGCUCGUUUCUUUCCAUUUCUUUCAUAUCAUCACCUCGCUCUCUCGUUCGAUUCACAUCAUGGACGGCUUCACGAAAAGUUACGACUCGAGACGACGACGGAAACGCACGAUGACGGCCUUGGGAUUUCAUGGCUCAUCAACAGUACUCUUCAUUCUUAUAUGGGUGGCAUUUCGUUUCUUCGAUGACCUCGUCGCUUUUUGGGCCGCGAGGCAGCGGUAUAAUCAGUUGCCGACUUGGAUUUGGAGGGCUCAGCAUAGAUUGGAGUUGGGCAUAAAGACAAAAACGACUGCCAUGCAUGAACGGUGAUGAUGGACGAUUGAUGCGGACUUUAUUAUGAGAGCGGCAUGUUACGGAGCUGACGUACGCAUAUUGCUCUAUGUAGUAGCUAAGCUACUUAUCUUAGUUAGAGGAUUUCGAUCUAUACAUUGGUGAAGAGAUCUGUGCUUGAU